AACAGUAGAGGUUGUCGGGGGAGUUUUACAUAUAAGCAUUCGCUAACUUUAUGGGAUUCUCAUGAUCAUUUUCUACUUCCACGCCCAUUAUUAAAGCUACUUUUCUUUACUCUUCUUUCUCCUCCUUAAACUUCUUCUCCAUUUGAAGGUUAAAUACAGAGAGCUAGAGAAGCAAAACAAGAAAUUAAAUCAAAGAUGAAUGAUUGGGCAGGUCCGAUCAUAGCGACAGCGUUAUUUGCAUUUUUAUGUCCAGGACUAAUAUUUCAAAUGCCAGGGAAGAAUAGGGCUGUUGAUUUCAUGAAUAUGAAGACCAGCAUCGUUUCUAUGUUGCUUCAUACUGUCUUCUUUGGUUUGUUUCUUAUGCUCUUCCUCGUCGUUCUCAAUAUACAUCUCUAUGCUUAAUGACCUACCAACAAAACAGAGAUACGGCCUAUCUUAAAUUUUGUAAGGAGUUAUAUAUUUUGCAUUUAUGAAUUAGCUAGUUUUGAGAUUUAUGGUAAUUUAGCUUUGAUUCAGAAGCUUCUUUUGCAAGAUUUACUUUUGUAUUCUGCGUGCAGUUGAUUAAUUACUUGAGUUUCAGUAUCAUAUAAAUGACCAAUUUGUUUGAUGAUUCCA